AUGGCCAGCAGAGUUCUACCAUCGACACAACCUGUGGCUUCGAUAGAGACUCUCCCCAAUGAGCUUCUCGAUCAGGUCCUCUCCUACCUCUCACCAGGGCCUCCUCCGUCUUCCAGGAAGCUCCGUCAGGUACCAGUGCACAGCAUCACAUCAUCCACGGCUCUGGAUCUGAAAAAUGUCUCGCGAGCCUCGCCCCGUUUUCGAGCCCUAACGCGGCCUCUCCUCUUCGCCCACACCCGCCACGAGCUGCGGGAUCAGGAUCGCUUCCUCGACUUCCUCCGCGAACAUGAGCUUGCUCCAUAUGUGCAAUCAGUCGUUGUUUCUGUGCGAUCGAUAUUCCCCAGCAGCGAGAAACCGCUGUGGUGGGUGCGGUUGCUGGGAGAGGUCGACCCUCACCAUCUCACCGUCAUUGCGCCACCAUAUAUGUUUGCACAUAUGGCACUCCGCCAUUUAGACGGCGUGCAUUCCUGGGCUUUCGAGUUGCCACUUCAAACAAUACAGUUCCAUCGGCCGGCUCAGCGGCCUAUCCCCCUUCCAAACCAUGGAUCGGAUGACACGCUCUUCAGCGCUCGACCGUGGACGGAAAUCCUGUUCAACGAAGGUUCUUCUUUGAGAGCAUACAGCAACUACGAGUACUAUCUUCUCCGCGUCCCCUCAAUUAUGGAUCACUGGGGCUCUGUCGACCCUCUCCAAUCCAAAGAACUGCCCUACCCCGUCGCUGCCAUUUCGCGCCUGACAUCCUUCCAUUAUAUCGCCGUUUUCCCUUUCUACAACCACACGAAUUUGGUCCUCAAGAUAUCUGGGCGUCCAGGGGAAGUUGGUUGA